AUGUCAAGAGAAGGUUUCGUGGCACCAACCCAAUUAAGUCAAGCCGCUUCAGGUUUUUCUUCAACUAAAUCCAACACUGUCAAAUAUAUCUGUACAAAUUGUGCAACUUCUUUAUCAUUAGGAAGAAAUGAUGCUAUCAGAUGCAGUGCUUGUGGUCAUCGUGUUUUAUACAAAUCUAGAACAAGAAGAAUGGUUCAAUUUGAAGCCAGAUAA